UCUUCAAAAUUUGGUCGUAUUUAAUAUCCUAUGGUAAAAAGGAAUGUGUCAUUUACAAAACAUAAAAGUAAUAUUCAUAAUCAUUUAAAUUAAAUUGAUGCUACAACCUAUCAUAACAAUUCCAAGAAUUAUACAUACAUUUUGUAGUCCUUAGUUGUGAUAUAAAGCAAAUGAAUACCAUUGUACAUUUCUAGGAACUGGCAACUUCUUCACCCAUAAGUAUACACACAACAGUUAUAAAAUUCCAGGAACCAUACAAAUCAUGAAUUUUCUAAGAACAAAGGAUUAUUAUAAAAUUCUUUUUAUAAGUCACAUACAGUGAGUGUCCGCUUUAACCAAGAGUGGAGUGAAAUCUGAAAAUGGCAUCAGGUGCUGGUGAAGUCCUUGUUAUUGGGUCUCAAACCUUUCAAAUAGCUCAAAAGCAAUUGCGUCCCCAAGACUACAAGCCUCCACUUGCUAGAGCUGAAAAGGUUCCUCGUACAGAUACUAACUAUCGAGUUACUGAAGGAAACAUUGCUGCUAUUGACUUUGGUACUACAUCAGUUUCACUGGCUUACACUACCAAAGGAGAUGAGAAGAUCAAUGCAUUCAUUCUUGAUGCUCAAGACAAAGCUGCAAGAGAUACCAAUGCUGUGCUGUUCAAGAGAGAAGGAAAAGUAUCAGUGGGAGCUUUUGGGAAUAGUGCUAGGUCUCAGUUUAUAAUAAUGAAAAAAGCUAAAAACUAUGACCAAGAGAAUGUCUAUUUUGAAAGAAUAAAAAUGAUAUUGAAAAGAGAAAGCGAUGUUGACAGGCAAACAUUAGUUGAGUCAUUUUCUGGAGAGAAGUUUUAUCUGGUGGAGGUCAUUGCCUUUAUACUGCAGUACUUGAAGGACCGGUUGGUAGAUGAACUCUCUCGUAGCUUCGUAUCAUUGAAGACAACAGAUUUUGAUUGGGUCAUUACUGUACCUGCUAUAUGGGAUGCACGAGGAAAAAGAAUGAUGAGAGAAGCUGCUUAUAUGGCUGGCCUCCUAACAGAGUCUAAAAGGAUCAAUGAGUUCACUCCUAUAUCAAGUAGUCCUUUACCAGUACCAGAUGAAGUUAAUCCUGACAAGCUGUCACUAGCAUUAGAGCCUGAAGCAGCAGCUCUUUAUAGCCAGGAAAUGAUAGCAGAGCAGAUCAAAGGUCAGCCAUUAGCAGCAGCUAUCAGUCAUCCAACAGAGUAUAUGGUGAUUGAUGCUGGAGGUGGUACAAUUGAUAUUACUGCUCACGUUGAAGUAGAUGGAGGCAUUGUAGUCCAGAAUGUACCUAGUGGCAAUGCAUGGGGUGGUACACAGGUCAAUGAAGAGUUUUCUAAACUACUUCAGGAAAUCAUUAAUGAUCCUGGCUUCAAGAAAUUUAUUGCUUCAGGUGAUUACACAAAAAAUCAAGCUACACUAAAUAAAAUUAUAUACAAUGAGUUUGAAAAGCAAAAGGUGCUUUUUGGCCAAGGAAAAACAGAAGAAAUCGCAGUAGAAUUUCAAAUUAACUUCGUCAAAUUUUAUGAGAAAGCUCUUUAUCAAGGAGUAAAGAAAAUGAGUGGCAUAGAAUAUGAAGAUGACACACUUUACAUUGGUAAAAGUGUCAUAGAGUCUAAGCUGUUUGGUUCUGCUAUCCAAGGCAUUAUUGAUUGCACACUGUUAGCUAUUGAAAAAAUUGACAACAAUACCAACACAUUUUACCUGGUCGGUGCUUUUGGAGGGUGCAAAUACAUUCAUGAAAAGGUUAGUCCUGCUAUAGAAAGGUACUAUCAGUCAAAAGGUCACAUUGACACAUGUUCUGUGAUAGUACCUCCUACUCCUCACUUAGCUGUUGCUACUGGAGCUGCUAUGUGGCGUAAGAAUCCCGAGAAAUUCAAAGCAAGACGAGUUGACGCCACUUAUGGGAUAGGAAGUGCCACUAGAUUUGAUCCUGAAAAGCAUAAUGAAGCUUAUAAAUUUUAUAAUGAAGACCGUAAAGAAGACCGAUGUAAUAAUUUAUUCAGAAUAUUUCUAGAAAAAGGAGAAUUAGCUAAAGCUGAUGAAGUUGUCACUACAACCUUGACUCCAGCUCGUGAUGGUGAAAGAACGAUGCGCAUCCGAAUCUAUUCAACACCUCAGCUUGGAAUUCAGUAUGUCAAAAAUGAGAAUAAGAAACUAAUUGUUACUAAAGUUGGUGAACUUGUCCUUGAUGUUCCUAAUCCUGACAACUUGCCUCUAAGACAGCGUAAAGUUGAUAUCACAAUGGAUUUCAGUGGUACAGAGAUACAAGCAAAAGCUCGCUAUCGUGUGACUGGCAAGGAAGUUAAAACUGUCUGUGACUUUCUUUCUACUUAAAGUAUUAUGCAAAAAACAAAAAGUUACGUAACAAGCUAACAUCUUAGUAUUAGUAGACCAUUAAAUAAUGAUUAUA